AUGGUGAUGGAUUUGACAGAUGUUGGAGUUGAUAUUAAUGGUAUUGUUGGUGUUUGUGCUAUCAAGGAAUCGUUGGAUGACUUGGCUCCGUCCAUUGAGUCGGUGAAAGAGAAGGAGCAUGUGGCGGUGUCUCAGGUCGGUGCAACGCAACGCAAAGAGAUUCAGGAGGUGAUGGAUCGCCUCAGAGAGAACUGGCAAAGACUCAAUAGAGAAUAUGAAGAAAGGCAUGGUCAAUUCCAGCGAUGCUUCGACCAGUGGAGGCAGUUUCACUGUGAUAUGAGAGAUUUAGCAUCAUGGUUAUCGGAAGCAGAGAGGACCAUUCAGGAUAGCAAGAGAGCAGACGGGAGGCUUCACGUAGAGAAAGCAUGCAAUCAUCAACCGGUGCUGGAGGAUGGUAUUGCCACACACCAGGCUAUGGUAGCAUCUCUCAACUCCAACUGAGAGGAUAUCGUUGCCCAGUCUUCCUCUGUGGAAGGGGGU